AGAAGAUCUCUCACCAAGCGGACAGGUGAUCGUCAUGCGCGGGUUCUCAGUCGCCGGAGAGCCAUGUAAUCGCACAACGCGGAACAUUUGCCAACGCUCCACUCGGUUCUAGAAUCACUCUCUAUUUUGCAGCCCAAGUGAAAGCACUUCAUGUAAAUCCGAACGAGCUGAGGCGUAUUACGUAUUAGGAGCUGGGAACUACACCCAAGUGCCCUGCAAGUGAUUUCCCCAAAAAAUCCAUGCCAUUGGAUCCCCCCAGUAGGCGGUUCAACUAGUUGCAAUUUCCAAGGCCCCGUCAACCUAGACACCUGGAAACGAUGCUGUGUACCUUGGCACGGAGUUUUGGAACGGCGCUGGCGAGGAGGAGCUCUUGGUCGACUGCCCGGCGAAGGCGACUGCUGGCCACAAGUCCCCCCCCUUUGGCGAGCCAGCAGAUGCCCAGGAGCUAUACGCUAGACAACGGACCCAAGGUGAAGUCCGAUCAUCGCUCUGGAACGAUGGUGGAGGUGGCUCGUGUCAUUCGCGAGCAAUCCGGCGUGGACGUGGGAUACCAUACGAUUCCCAAGCCCCGAGAUCAUCUCCUGCAGCACGAGCCGAAGAGGGAGGAGCUUCCACCAAGAACUAUGCUGGAUUCGCACACCACGGCCAUUCUGCCCCUGAGCUCCAGUGAGCUAAUCCGCGAGAGCUACGUGAAUCACCUGGGAAGGGUGAGAUUGGGCCGAAUUAUGGAGGAGUUGGACAUGUUUGCCGUAUGGAUCUGCCAUCGUCAUGUGAAGCUGCCCAAGCUGCCGAAGGGAGUGCCUUUGCCUUACACCUUUGUCACGUUGCUGGUCGACAAAGUGGAGUUCACCAACCUGGAGCGGUUGCAGGUCAACCAGGACAUCGAGAUCAGUGGUCACAUCUCGUGGGCGGGGCGGAGCUCCAUGGAGAUUACCAUCUAUGUGAGGCAGUUGGCCCACGGCGAAUAUAUUGAUGUAACAAAAGCAAUCUUCGUCAUGGUGGCCAGAAAUGCCACCAAUACGGGACCGGCUCCCAUUAAUCCUAUAGAGGUUGGCGAUGAAACCGAGAAGCUCAUUUGGGAGCAGGCAGAGAAGCGGCAAAAAGUGCGCAAGUCUUCUGCCAUGGACUCAGUGUUCAACUCGCCGCCCAGGGAGCACGAACAGGCCCUCAUGUACGAGAUCCUCAAGAGAACCACCCCAGCCAAUAGUAUGGAUCUCAACAAGCGUGUGCUGCCGCCGAAAUGCCGCUGGAUGGAGGACUCUAUGCAGUCUACGAUGAUUGCUCCAUUUCCGGAGAACAGGAAUGCGCAGAACACCAUCUUUGGGGGCUAUCUCAUGCGCCAGGCCGUUGAAAUCAGCUUCAUAAUGGCUAGCAUCUAUCUGGGCGAUCGGCCCACCCUCAGGUGCAUCUCGGACAUUAGUUUCAUGCACCCGGUGCAUGUGGAUCGGUUCCUCCAGCUCACCGCCCACGUUGUUUACGCCGCCCAGAACUACGUCCAGCUGAUGACCGUGGCCCAGAUUUGGGAUGCCAAGAGCGGCAAAGUGCAGACCACCAAUGUCUUCUACUUGACCUAUCGGGCGGACAAGGUGCUGGACGAAGUCCUCCCGCGAUCCUACCGAGAGAUGUUGUGGUACGUCCACGGUAGGCGGAAACUCCUGGGCGCUCUGCACUUGCAGCCGGAGUACCCCGAUCCUAUCGAAGUGGCCAAAGAGAGCUCAAAUCAUAUCAGCACUUAGAAUUAGCGCUAAUGUAAAUCGAAGUUGUAGUUGAUCCAAAUAUGUUAAUCUGAUGGAAUUUUAACUUUAUAGCUGUUAUUUUAUAAUUUAUAGGAUAUAUCAAUGAAAUAAAAUUGUAGAAAGG